ACAGCAGGCGUGUAAAAGAUGAAAGCAAAGCUAGAGAGGGGAAAGUAUAUAUGUGUGUUUUCGUAAUAGUUAUACUGUGCCACAGUGUGUUUGUAGUGUGGAUGUGUGCAGGAAGAUCUCAGCUCUGUAUGUCAUUCAGAUACGUUCUUAGACGAUGAUAAAUUUCCGCUUUUUAAAUGAGACGUCAAACGUCUAAAAGAUAGUUUUAAACUAAAACUAAAAACGACGGGAGCUAUGUUUUUCAUCAUCUAUUAUAUGUGUUGGGUUCUACCAUUAUUUGCAAGUAGAACGUACAGAGGUGCAGACAAUUGGAAAAACGCAAUUAAUUCUUGCAAUCUCAAGAUAUUUAAUGCAGACAAUUGUAAUGGUGAACACAGUUCCAAAAUCUGGCAACCUUUUGUACAAAUAAUGACCUAUCCAAUUAUUACAAAAGGUUGUCACAAUUUAACGAGUCAAAUAAUUAAAUCAAGCACAGUGAUGGAGAAGAACAACAUUACUAACUGCUACCAUUUCUGUUGGUUUAAUCAAACUAAUAGGGAAGCGAAUAUAAAGACUCUACUUAUGAAGGGAAAUAGUUGUUCUUGUCUCAACAAAUCUCUUGAAGACACCAUUCCCCAGGGAGACACAUCUUAUACAGCAGUAAAAUGCCAAGGUGACAACAGUUCGUAUGCAGUAUAUGAAAUCGACGUUUCUUACAAUUUCACAGCCAAUCAGAUCGCAGGAUGUGGAUCCGUGCAGCCCAGUGUGAAAAAAGCAACAUUUAGUAACUGCAGUGAACAAAAAGGAGCAUAUUGCACAGGGCUUUCAAAUACGGACGGCAUACGUCUGAACCAAAAAGAGAAUAUGACUUGGGACGAUUUCAAAAUUGAAUGUGAAGGACAUUUAACAUCUUUAAACGAAAUUAAAGAAAGAAAUGUAAAUUCAGAAUCCUCGAAUACCAUUUUUCCUUCAUCACGAUUUUGGAUUGGGCAUCGUAUAUGGAGUUACAUAAACUAUCAAUUUGAUCCAAAAUUACUGACCACAUCAAUCAAGUGUGGCUACUAUGACCCUGAACUAGGAAAUGUUGAGUUUGGAUCAUGCCUGGAAAAUUAUUAUUAUGAAUGUCAUGAAAAAGAUGAAACGAAAGGCGAAACAACGCAAAAAAUUGUUACAAGUACUGAAAAUCCACAUCAAAAAUCAACAAAAGACAAAAGACAGUCAGAAAUGCAGGCGCCCAAUCAAAUUACUAAUAUAGUGAUUGGUGGAAUUGCUGGAACAGCCACUGUCUUGCUUAUUUUGCUGAUCAUAAUUUAUAUUAAGAGAAAGCGGGCAAGACAUAUUCAACCAAAACCAGAACCAAAUGAACACCAGCUUAUCGAAAAACCAAAACAACCCGUCUAUGAUGAAACUCAUCUUGAAAAUGACUAUGAUCAUCUACAUGAGCACCAAGACACUCACAAUUUAGGAGAUGUCAAUGUGUAUGACGUAAGCAAAUCAUGUGCUGAUGUCACCAAUAUCGGUAGUGAUGUCUAUAAUACAUCCAAAGAUUUUGACUGCGAUAAAACUUACGAUUAUAGUACCCACAAUAAUCUAGGCAAAGUAGACAACAGUAUCUUGAACAACGACCAAUACGGUACCAUUCCAGCUGGCACGUAGUAUCGUAUUUGGGUGGGAAAUGUCAUUUUCUGUUUUCAUUCAAUUUUUAACUUUUCGCCAAAUCUUUAAAAGUUUUCUUAUUUGAAUCAUUCUUGCAUAACUGCACAUAAUCUUGCCAAGGCUCGGGGAUAGAGAAAACACACAACUCAUGGAUAAAAAUCCUACACCAUCCAAAUUAUGAGAGAUCCUAUAUGUUAAUUUAUAUAGGGAUACUGAGAAUAGGCUAAAUUGCAUAUUUUUCUUGCUUUCCUGUUUCCUAGCUCAAAUGAAAGUAUGAUAUAAUUGAUUUUAUGUCGCCCUUGUUUUAGAACAGGAAAAUUAACAAAAUUAACUUCAUUGAAGUCAGAGGCAGCCUUUCUUCCAUUUUUUCCUUUCUCCACAAAGUGAAGAUUUCCACUAAGUAAUUCCAUAAUUAUAUUUUCAUGUUUUAUGAUACUUUUUUUUAGAUAUAACGUGUUCAAUUGAAAAUAUAUAUCUCUAUUCGUAAGCAUUCAAAUGAAUUUUGCACGCUAUUUUAAAGAAAAUUCCAAAUGUUUUAGCUCCGACAAGAGCCUGGUACAUGUAAUGUACCCUGAAUUUUUAGGAAUUAACAGGUUUAACUGUAAAUAAAUAAGAAAUAAUAUAUCAAAGAAAAUUACAUGUAUAUCAAAUUGA